AUGUCAUCGCACCUCACUAAUCUAGAGCAAUCUUUAAAAGGGUCUAGGUACUCUAAUGCUGGAUUUGGAGUUGAACACCAGUUUGCAAAUCGACAGAGCAUUCGAAUGCAUCCAGGGAAGGUGUAUGAGGCAGCACAGGCGGGAGAUGUAGAGCGCCUCAAGUUUUUGCACCUCAAGGUCAAGGAUGAGGAGCUGAUGGCCAAGCGACACAAGCCAUUCACGAUGGUUAUGGAGGCUUCACGGGCUGAAUAUCUUUGCUGCCUCAAACAAGAUGUCUCUCAGCUGGAUUUGUUGUAUGUAACUUCCCGUGGCAUGGUGGGUCAAUCAUUCUGGAUAGAGAUCAUCACCAAAAUUGUCGCUCAUGUUGAUAUUUCUGUCAUGUCAUUUAGGGUCUAUGCGGACAAACUGGAGGUUGAGGCAGCCACAGUUAUUAUCAAUCCUGAUGAGGCCGUUGCAUAUGGAGCUGCAGUGCAAGCUGCAAUUCUGAGCGGAGAAGGCAAUGAAAAGGUGCAAGAAAUAUAUUUGUUGGACGUCACUCUUUCUCUUGGUUUGGAGACUGCUGGAGGUGUUAUGACUGUCCUCAUUCCAAGGAACACCACAAUUCCCAUGAAUAAUGAACAUGUCUUCUCUACAUACUCAGACAAUCAGUCUGGUGUGCUUAUCCAGGUAUACAAGGGUGAGAGAACUCGAACUCGUGAUAACAAUCUGGUGGAAUUGUUUGAUGAUGAAAAUAAUGCCAUUGUUUUAUUCCUUGUAAGGUCUGAGUUUUAUGUUUGGAUAUUAGAAUCCAGUAAUUAUGAAUCGGUAGUUAUUCUGUUACGGGGGAGUUCAGGUGAUGGUGAUGAAGAAGUGUAUUUUAAACUGGGACAAAGUGGUGUUUCGGUUUUUGGCAUAAUGGGUGAGUUUGUGCCUGAUAGAGUUUUUAACUUUGCUUUGAUUUGGAAAAGGCUAAUUCAAAGCAUAUGUGAACAAGAGUUCGCGAAGCUAAAAUCUAGCAAAUUGGUUUUAAUGUGA